AUGCCUUUAGGGAAAAAGCGGAAACAAGCUAACAAUCUUGGGAGGUUCUCCCAGAAGAAAUUACACGGAAAUACAUCUAAUCCUGCUACAGAAUCAAUCACCACACCUCCUUCCCCAGAGCAUCCAUAUGUCUCAGAGAACCACACAAUGCAAGGACAACCAGAGAUUGAUGUCAAUUCUGAUGUCUAUGAUAGUGCAAACAGCGACACUGACAGUGACUCGGACUUUGAUGAAACAGUCAACCCCGCAAUAGUCUCAAAGGAUGUGUUCACUCAGCUCCUCUGCAACUCUGAGAAAAGGCUUUCUCACCUAAUGAAUGUCCGGGGAAACAUUCCGGGUAACAAAGUUACAUAUCCAGGCUCAAUGAUAAAUGGAGUCCGUUCUGAACGCAGCCAGUGCUGUGAUGCAGCAAAGGAGAGAGCUAUAAGUGGGAGGCUUCAGGAAAUGAAGAAAAAGACAAGGAUUGAUGGGAAAAAACGCACAGUCCUUGAUUUUUUCAGUCAUCCUCCUCCAACUUCCUGCACACAGUCCACACCCCAAACUCAACCUAGUCCUUCAGCACUCUUGAGUGACUCUAGCGAUGAGUACAGUGACCCAGCACUGUUAGGCACUUCCUAUAGAGAGGGAGAUUGUGCUGGGAUUGAUGUGUUUGUCACCGAGAUCAAUGAAAUCCGCCAUACCUCCCUCAACAUCCAACAAGAUUCCACCUGGAAACACCCUCACAGCGAAGUGUCUGACAUUCCCCUGAACAUUCCAAACAAUUCAGACGCAUCCAUUCACAAAAAUCAGGAAGAAAAUGUGGAAGUACCCACCAAUCCCAAUCCCGCUUCCACUGCAUUCCUCCCAUCACCCAGGAAGCUCUGCCUGCGACCAGCAUCUUCAGCAACUGCCCAGAGUGAGCCUCUUGAAGUAGAAAAACACUCGCGGCCCUAUGUCCCCCCACCCAAAAAAGAAGAGGCAGUCAAGGCUGCACAAGAUCUCAAUGUCAUCUUGAAGCCACAACGAAACACAGGGAGAGGCUACAAAAAGGUUGAGAUUAACCUAAUGCUGCGGGUGCGAAUCCAGCAGAUGGCUCAGCUUCUCCACUUGUAUGGUUCUGGAGUGGAUGGAGGUGGAGAUGCUGGCUGGAUCAAGAUAUCGGUGACAGUCGCGAAUGUGUGGAAUCGUGGGAAAUCCUAUCCCGCACGCUUACGGAGAUGGUGUAGGGAAUUUCUGGACAAUAAAUCACUUCCAGAUAAUCCAUAUGGUCGCUGGGGUUCAUCAAUUCUGACAACAGAUGAAGAUUUGAAAGAAAAACUGGAAACUCACCUUCGCAGGCUUGGCCCCUACAUCUCUGCUGCAGACAUUGUAAAUUUCCUCAAUACCCCAGAGAUGAAAGAGCAUCAAGGAUGCGAAAAACCAAUCAGCCUGCACACAGCACAGAGAUGGCUACACAUAAUGGGAUACCAGUGGUGCAAGGAAAAAUGA